GGCUGGUGAGAAGCAGGACGUUACUUCACCUCCUUCAGCACCUCAGAGACCAUCUGCGUCACCUCUCACCAUCGUCGUCGUCAUGAAGAAUUGUCUCGUCGCACUCGUCCUGGUGGGGCUGGCCUCCGCCCUGCCUGGUGUUCGCCACCGCCGUGACUCCUUCCCUUUCCUGUUCGAACUUCCUUCCGACGCUGAACUGGUCCUGGGAGGGAUCCAGACGGGUUUCGACUGUGCUAAUCUGCCCUACGGUUACUACGCCGACGAAGCCAACAACUGCGCCAUCUACCACGUGUGUCUCCCAUACAUCGACAACAACAUCGUGGUGACCCGCCACUUCUCCUUCAUGUGUGGCGAGGGCACCGUCUUUGACCAAGAGCAUCUCGUGUGUGCCACCCCCGAGAACGCCAGCCCCUGUAGCCAGUCCUCCUCCUUCAGGAGGUCUAACGAGUACUUUGGCCGCACAGAUAUUGGUUUCCUGGAGAAGUAGAAUGUCAGCAACAGUUCCGACGGAGAGGGCGAAGAACACUAGCAAUGACCUCCUGAGAGCCGUCUGAGGACCUCCAAGUCUCAUGCAUUUACGUGAAUGUCUCUGAGAAGAGCUGAAGUGAGGGACUUGGGACUCUCACCAGUCAGACUGUAGUUGUAAAUCAUUGAUCAUCGCAGUAUUAUACAUUCUUCGUUGCCAACCUUACACUUAUGACACACACACACACACUGUAUGAAUCUGUAACACAGCUCGGUUAGGAACAGACAAUACAGAUGAUUCAAUAACUGUAAAUUUUCCUUCAUAAAAUUUAUGUAUCGUAAUGUAAGAUUCAAAGUUGAUAUUAAAUCCUUGAGCAUAA